UUAAGUUCUUCAUCUGCCAGGAUCCUUAAGUCCUUCUCAGUAGGGCUACUCUCAAUGAGUUUUUAUCCUAGUACAAAUACACAUCUGGGAUUGCUUCUGCACAAGUGCAACAUCUAACACUCGGCCUUCGUGAACCUCCUUAUGUUCACAUGGACCCAAUCCUCAAGACUGUCCAGGUCUCUAUUAAAAAACAAAGAGUCAUGGCUUCACAAGGCUGGAAAGUUGGACCAGUCCUACAAUACCUGCUUAAAUUCAGAAACCAAAACCAUGCAUUCUGGUUCAUCUAGUAAUCAUUUUACUACAUUUAUUUACUUUAAACAACAGGCCAGUUGUCUUCACAACACCAGAAGAUCAUUGAAAUGAACGAGUGAAUUGCUUUGCUGUCCUCCUACUGACAAUUGUGGUGUAACAGUUAAAAUGAGAUUAUGAUCCACUUUGUUCCUUUGAAAUGCCUAAAACAAAAAUGUAACAAGAUGAACAAGGAACUACAAUGUAACAAGAUCAACAAGGAAGACAAAACUGUAUGAGAUGGUUUUGGGAUUCAUUAGAGAGAAGCUUUGAGUAGGCGGGAACAGAAUUGACAUCGGAGAGAAGGAAAGGGAAGUGCAAACUACUAUAUUUCUAAAUUUAUUCACUGCUUAACACGCAGACACAAAACCUGACAGGACAAGACUCAGGUCUUCUCUCUCACGGGAUCACAGUCUCUCUAUCAGAAAACACCAUAAGAAGGUACUACUGAACAGGCUGUAGCAAUGGAACAGGUUUCAGCAUCAAUUGGCAACUUUACAGUUGAUCUUUUCAACAAGCUGAAUGAGACCAGUAGGGACAAAAACAUUUUCUUUUCCCCUUGGAGUAUAUCAUCUGCUCUCGCCCUGACAUACCUGGCUGCAAAAGGCAAUACAGCAAGAGAGAUGGCAAAGGUUCUUCAUUUCACUAAAGGUGUGGAAGCUGAAAGCUCUUCUGUGGCCAGACCUUCUCGGGGGAGACCGAAAAGAAGAAGAAUGGACCCUGAGCAUGAGCAAGCUGAAAACAUCCACUCUGGAUUCAAAGAGCUCCUGACAGCCUUCAACAAACCCAGAAACACCUACUCACUGAGAAGUGCCAACCGUAUCUAUGUGGAAAAAACCUAUCCAUUGCUGCCUACAUAUAUACAGCUCAGUAAGAAAUACUAUAAAGCAGAGCCACACAAGGUUAACUUUAAGACAGCACCAGAACAAACCAGAAAGGAAAUCAACACCUGGGUGGAAAAACAAACAGACAGUAAAAUCAAGAAUUUGCUGAGUUCAGAUGAUGUGAAAAGCGUGACCAGGUUGAUUUUGGUCAAUGCCAUUUACUUCAAGGCAGAAUGGGAAGUGAAAUUUCAGGCAGGACACACAUCUAUGCAACCCUUCCGCCUGAGCAAGAAUAAGUCCAAGCUCGUGAAGACGAUGUACAUGAAAAAUACAUUUCCAGUUCUUAUCAUGGAAAAAAUGAACUUGAAAAUGAUCGAACUUCCAUAUGUGAAACGUGAACUCAGUAUGUUCAUCCUACUUCCUGACGACAUCAAAGAUGGCACUACUGGUCUCGAGCAGCUGGAAAGAGAACUCACCUUUGAGAAGCUGUUGGAAUGGGCUGAUUCAAAGAAGAUGACAGAAACUCUUGUGGAUCUGCACCUGCCUAAGUUCUCUCUGGAGGACAGAUAUGACCUCCGUGAUACUCUGAAGAACAUGGGCAUGACAAGUGCCUUCAGCCUCAACGCUGAUUUCAGUGGGAUGACUGAUAAGAGGGAUUUGUCUAUUUCCAAAGUCAUUCAUCAGUCUUUUGUUGCAGUUGAUGAGAAAGGCACUGAGGCAGCUGCUGCUACAGCUGUAAUUACAACACUCACAAGUACAGCUAUCAACUAUGCUCUGACAUUUAAGGCUGAUCACCCUUUCCACUUCUUCAUCAGACAUAACAAAUCCAAAACAAUCCUGUUUUUUGGCAGACUCUGCUGCCCAGUAGAAUGAAUUAUUCCUCACUCCCAAAGUUCACUUUUCAAAGGAAAAACAUGAACUGUAGUGUUAAAAGCUCAGCCUUCAACCAUAUAGCCAUAAGUACUAGAAGUAUAUGUCUUUUUUCUUAAGUGAGGCAGCACCCAGACACCACCAUGUGCCUCAAAGACUGUCUCUCUAUUGCUUCUUUCCAUUACAUUAAUUAAAUUGCCUUUCAUGGAAAGCAAAUGCUUGAUGUAUAAUUGCUAACCUCUGUUCACCUUGCAUUUUGUCCUUAUUUCUCUGAAUGCUCAAGGCUGAGGUUGAUAAGCAUCCCAAGCAGCAAUAAGACCAAGAAAACUACAGCAACAUCCCUUAUUGCUACCUCUUAUUGAAAUGUGAUCUAAACAAUUCAAAUCUGCUUUCUAUUUUCAAUUUAAUGUAAUUGUAUCUGUUUCCUGGCCAACAUCUGCACAAUUUCCUUGCUACCUGGAUCACUGAUAAAUGUAUGAUUUGUAACUCACGAGUGGCUUUCAGCUAAGAUAGUCCUGGUAUUGACAGAAACACCAAUAAGAUUUUUAUGCAUGCUUCACUUCAUU